UGUCGUUGAUUUUUAUYGGGGACAAUUCUCGAUGUUGUGCCAUUUUCGCGAUCGUAUUGAGUGGUUUAUGGUCGAAGGUGAAGUCCCCGGAAACAGCAACGCGCUGAAGUAGAAGUAUUCAAGAUAACUAGGAACUUGUAAUCGACAUACAUCGACAGCAGGAUAGAGAAAAAUAUUGUUUUCUCUAACAAUAUUCACACCAAACAUCAGAGUGAUACGUAAUUAGAACGGUACGCGCCAUGGCCCCGUCGCUGCAAAUCGAUAUUUCAGAGCCAGCAUUCGUGUAUUCAUACUUGUCCCUCAUUCUUGCUUUGCGCCUCGAACAMUCCKUUUUUUCACGAACGCAACACCCGUGCAUUCAUCCGCGCAAUCACCUGGAGCGCAGCCAUUGUCAACGAAUCGCCCCAAACCAUGUCGAUCCGCGGAACUGCAAGUGUUUCCAGAAGAAGAGAUAGUAGCAUUUCGAAGAGUGCGUUUUUCAGCAGCAUGCCCGGGUCACCCGAGAACGAAGAGGAAUUGUUUGAGGAGGAGGGGGCCGAAUCCCUCCUUGAUUCCUUCGACUCCUACAUCGUGGUGAGCGUUCUAACCGCCACGGCAUCCUUUGCGGCACUGUUCGAAGCAAACCUCGAGGACAAAUUCUGGGGUUUUCACAACGCAUGGGUGUUCAUCUGCGCCAUUUGCUCCCUCAGUGGUAUCUAUGCGACGGUCGUAUUUUCCCUCAGCUCGACCUACGGACGUACCGCGGUGGGGACCGGAAGGGUCCACAUCUACGAGACCUUUUACGAGCUCACGGCGGUGUAUCGGAUGCGGGCCUUCUCGAUGUACCUUCUGAGCCUGGUCCUUUUCAUUUUGCUGCUGAUCUUUACCGCGGUGGACAGGGUCGAGAAGAGGUACCGGAUACCCUUUCUUGGAUUCCUCCUGGUGCUCUCGAUUUUCACGUACCACGACUGGACGACAAUCAUGAAGGCGGCGGGCCCCAUUUUUGCGCAUCAAGAAGAGAAGAAACAAAAGAGGAUCUCGAAGUCUAUGAAAAAGUGAGAUGGUGCUGUUGCGAUACUGCUUUCGAAGUUUUUUCGUAGACACCAAAGACCAAAGUCAUCGCGGUACCGAAUCGCCAAUGGAAGUUUUGAAGCACCGGGAAUAAUAUCUACAACAACACUCUCCUCACGUUAAUUAUGUAGAAAAAGGUUUGCACAUGUUUUGAAGAUUGAAGCGGAGUGAUGCACCAAAACUCAACAGUGACCGAUACCUAGUUAUGUACUAUUACUUCAUUCUACCAUGGUGCUUUCUUUCUACCAAUUGUUUUUCUCGGACAUACUAAAAUCAACAGUAAAAC